AUGGGCGUCCUCGAAUUGCCCGUCGAGCUUUUGGUGCUCAUUGCUCAAUUCCUGACCCUGCGGGAUGUCGCCAGCUUCUGUCGCUCCUGCCACUUCCUCUGCGCCGUCGUGUCUCCAAACCUGUACUUUCGUGCCAGGAACGACGUCGACCUCCUGUGCUGGGCAGCCGAACAUGACCGAGCUGCCACUGUCGAGAAGUUGCUCAAAGUUGGCGUGAACCCUAAUCAAGUCCAGCCUCAGCCUAUUGAAGAAGACUUCCACUUUAUCCUCGUCGGGCGAGGCCUAUCUCAUAUGUCUGCGGGGGAAACUCAGGACUACUCGGUGCAGCUGAUGCUCUUGGAGCAAGAGAAUCGGAGGAGGCCAUCUGCUGCGGACAUGAGUCUACCGCACGACUUCUUGCGGAGUCAGGUGCCUCAUUCCAAGUCUCAACCGAAAGUCGGGCCGAUCAGUAAUUGCGUGACGGCUCUGCAUACAGCCAGCGGCAAGGGGGAUAUUGCUAUAUCCCGCUUCAUUAUGCACCACUACAAACCUCCGGUCAACGCCCUGGAUCACCACGGUAUGAGCCCGCUAUCUUGGGCUUAUCGAGAAGGCCACGGGCGGGUUAUGACACUGUUGUGGCAAAACGGCGCCGACCUAGACGCUGAUGCUGAUGGCCGAGGUCGCACAUUGUUGCUGGACGCAUGCGCCCGUGGUCAUUUCGCCGCUGCUUCUGAUCUGGUCAAGCUUGGUGUCAACGUCAAUAAGGCCUUUAUGAGCGACGGCGCCACGUUGUUGCAUUAUCUUUGUGGGUUACAAGAUGCCUCCUCACGAUCCUUCUCGGGGAAAAUCUGGGCACCAUUCGACCUCGAGAGCCGUCUGCAAGGAAACUACAGACUCUGGCUACUACAGGCAGCGGUCAAGGCUGGAGCAGACAUCAAUGCUAGAGGGACACGGGACGGUCUCACUCCUCUAGCUGCGGCAGCAAGCAGUGGUCUCUUCCCCAUCGUGCAACUCCUGCUCAAGUAUGGUGCCGAUACCGAGGCUCGAAAUACUCGGAAUGAAACUCCACUCAUGUGUGCGGCCCAAGUGCUAAUGACUAACUCACAAUCUUCGGACUCAUAUCUCCGAACCCUGAUGCUGUUGCUAGGCCACGGAGCCUCGACAACCGCAGUGGAUGAGUCGAACAAGACUGCCUUGCGCGUACUAUCCCUCUCGGAUGCACCCUACAUUCACAAACCUGCCAUGGCACGACUGCUCAUAGCACACGGGUCCCCUCUUCAUCCGACUGACGCAACCGAUUCUGAUUCAUUCAUUUCGAUGACCUUCAGAUAUGGUAAUUUCAGGACCAGCCAGGCUUUACACGAAUGUGGCGCGAGACCACCAUCGAAAUCGAACUUGGUCAAUAUGCUGAAGUAUGCCGUCAAGGGCAAUGACCCACCUAUGCUUAGGUUCACCCUACAGUUCCAUGAUGCUACAAGGAUACUAGCCACUCCAACCCGUCUUUAUUGCGCUCUGAGGGACAAUCGAAACAACGUGGCCAAGAUGAUCCUGGAUGCUGGUGCACCCGCGUCUUAUGUUGGGAAUAACGGCUGGACAUGCCUCCUACAUGCGUGUAAGCAUCAACGUAAGUUCGGAUAUGGGAACGUUGUGCGGAAGCUAUUCGCUGCAGGGGCGAACCCCAAUCAGUCCUCUAAGAGAGGAGAGACGCCCCUCAGCCUCGCGGUUGACCUAUGCAAUGUCGAAAUCGUCGAGAUGUUGCUCGACCAUGGAGCAAACCUGCAUGACGUACAGACCGGCCAAGAAGAAGGUGUCGCUCCCAGGAAUGCCUUCAUAGUGGGCAUAUUCAGCGCAAACUUGGAGACAUUGGAGUGUCUGCUGAAACGCCGCCCGCUAUGUGGGACGACCGAGGCCAAGCGUGCUGAAUACAUGUUCCUCGCCUGUACUCAAAACAACCUCUAUCCGGCGCAGACUCUCAGAGCGCUACUUGGAGCAGGACUGGACCCCAAAAUUCCUCUCAUGGACCACGGUACGCUCCACUUGAACUUGGUUGUGAGGUCGCGGGAUCUUGAGCGGAUCCAGGUGCUGCUCGACCACGGCGCCGACAUUCACAGGCCGCCUGCGGAUUCGUGCCAAGAUUACUCGCAUCUACUUCUCAUGGCUCACCCCACACCCCUCCAGCUUGCGAUUCAACAAACAGAGACCGCCGACGACGGCAUAGUGGAGCUCUUACUUCGGCACCAACCGUCCACAGGUCCGCCUCCGCAAGAACUGGCCGUCUCGUACAUCCAGCUGCUCUGCGAGAAGUACCAUUUCCACCUCUUCAAGAGCUUCUUCGACGCAGGAAUCGCGCCGCACACCCGCAACGAGGACGGGGAUGUCGCCCUCUCCGUGAUGCUCCGUGUCUUUGGCAAGGAAAAUAAGACGGCGCAUGUGCUGCACUCCAAGUUGCCCCUCCUGGCCUUGUGUAUCGGAACGCUGCUCGAUCUCGGGUGCGACGCCAAUGCGUGCAACACGGCAGGGGAGCGGCCUGUCGACUACAUGACCCAUCUCUUGAGGCCGGACACGAGCCGUGGCAAAAGCGACAACGCCGAAUUCGAUGCGGCUGUGGCGCAUUUUUUGAGUGACCUUUUCUAUAUCCAUGAGAAACACGGAACGAUAUGCAAGAAGGAGGGCCUUUGGAAGCAGCUGUACGAGAAAUCGAGUGUGUGGCAGAGGGAUCAGCCGGAGCCACCUCCUGAGCUCCAUCUGGUUGCGUCUUCUCCUGGAGAUGAUGCUGCUCCUCCCCCAGGGGGUUUCUUGCACUCUUGGCAGCCUUGA